AUGGAGAAUAUGUUGAAGAAAAUGGAUGAGAUGAUAAGGCAAAAGGAUCGAGAGCUCGAGGCAAAAGAAAGGGAGCUAGAGAAGUUCCGAUGUGAGUUUAAGAAGUUGCAAAAGCUUCAAGACCUCAAGCCCACUAUGAUGUUCCCAAUUGGUCAUACUGAGAAAGACAUCAAACACAUGAAGGAUAAAAAGAAAGGUUUCUUUGAGAAAAUGAGGCCAUCUACACCCUACAUCUCGUGGAGUAAGGAUAGAUGGAAUAAGAUCAAGGGGAAGAAAUUUUAUGAGGAAAAGGAUCAAGAGGUCUACAUUGAAGUGCUUUGGAUGGGAUUGAAUCGGUUGAAGCAUGAAAUGAAAGUCACGAAUGAAAGGGUUAACCGGAUGAGUUCCAAUCUCAAAAUUCUUAGAGGAGAGAUGCUGAAUACAAAGACUGAAUUGAGUGAGAAGAAGGAAAAGGAGACUAAAGGGCAGAAUGAAUUGACAUUGCAAAAAUUCAAGGAUCACAAAACUCAAUGGAAAGUCAUAGCAGGAGAAGCAACUGAAGAUGGAGCUAUAGAGCCAUCCACAUACGAGGAAGCUUCGCAAUAUGCUGAAUGGAGGAAGACAGUUGAAGAGUCCAAAAGCAAUAUCAGCACGGCUAAUAUAUCUAAAUUAAGAGAGAUUUUGAGGAAAUGCUUGACGAGCAAAGACGAGACCCUCAUUGAUGGGCUUCCCAAGGAGUACUAUGACGAUGUGCGUGUUGCCAUCUCCCUCCUUGGUAGAUUGUCCUGGAUUUUUCGUUGUUGUUGUGCGUCUGUCGUCUACUCGAAUUCUAGCAUGAGCAAAUCAUGUAUCCGAAGUGAUGAUUGGGGAACUGUUGAGCUAAUCUAA